UCAAUUGUUCAAAACAGCCUGCCCUCAAUCGCUCGCAUUUUUUUCCUGCAUCCUGUCUUGUUUUUGCGCUUGUUUUUCCACGGGCGCUUCGUUUAAUAGCACUCUUCUUCAAUAGAUUCCUUUUACUUUCUCAAGCGAAUUGAUUAUAAAGCAUAUCAUGUGGCUGCGCACCACGUAUUGUGCAUGAGUUUUAUUUUUUCAAGCGUCCUAUCUCGGUUUGAUUUUGAAUUUGCCAGCAUGGAUUAAUUUUCCAAAGAGUUAUAAAUGAACCCGCCAUCGGAGAGGUAUUGUGCAUUUCAACUAGAAGAGGUGCGUGGGCCUCAACUCCAACGUGGCCCGUGCGCUACUGGCCAUGAAGGGUCCAAGCAUCGUGGAGAACCGCCGCCUGCUCGGCUUGCUGGAGACGGCGCUGAUGCGGGAGGCGCGUCUCUGGAAGGCCCCGGUCUUCAAAAGUGAAUGCGUUCAGAGUGGUGACGUCUCGUCAUGCCAACACCAAGAGAUGAUCGUGUGGCUGGGCGACGUGAACAGACGCUUGCACUUCUGUCCAGAGACGUUGGCGUUGGGUGUGUGCAUCCUCAACAGGAUGCUCACCACCGUCAAGGCGCAGCCAAAGUACCUGAAAUGCAUCGCUUUCACCUCACUGGUCCUUGGAGCCAAGAUUAACGAGGAAGACGAGGUCAAAGGUUCCGUCAGCGACUUGGUUGCGGAGAGCGGAUGCAGCUUUUCGACGGCGGAGAUCGUUCGGAUGGAGCGGAUCAUUCUAGACAAGCUGCACUGGGACUUGUACACCUCCACGCCCGUCGAUUUCAUUCACAUUGUAAGAUCAUUCACUUUUUUUUGGUCCUAACGAGUUUUUUUUUUUAACACAUCCUGUCACAUUAGACGGUGAUUGUUUAACAAGAUUUACCCGCCUUAACUGAUUAGUCUUAUCUCGCCAACGUGCAUCCUGAAGAGUCGCUAAUCUCGUCAACCUACAUUCUCUCCACACUAUUAUGUAUCAACAGAUCACUGGUGGGUAGUUGUUAGAACCACAACCGUGCCAGGAAAUCGUUCUUUUCCUAUCCUGGAUUAAACUAAUGCCACCUUUCCACUGCACCGCUUUGCUAUAUUUUUUGAUGGUCAAGGAUACACAGCUAA